GUAAAAUAUUCUAAUUAAACCCUUUUAACCCUGUGAACAUUUGUGUUUUCAAGCGUACUUCAGCCUGUAUUUUUUUCACUUGCACUGAAGUCUUCUGCAGCUGUGAGUUUCAUCCUGUAUCUGGUUGCCUAGUGAAGGUCUUUUGUUUUAAAGAUUAAAUAUUUAUGUACACAGUGUGGGAGGCUGUCAGAAAAUACCAGAAGUUAACUCUCAACUCUAUGGGAACACUGGCCCUGAGAAACAGACUGGUUACAAUGGAUGAAGAACUGUGGGUGAAAAAAGCUAUCCCUUCAGGCUUCCAAGAACAUGAAGAUUCAGUAAGAAUUGAUACUGAAACUAAACCACAGACCACCAUUUACUCAUCUGUUCCUCUACCAGGCAGUGUUGUUGAUUAUUCAGAGGAGAUACAAGAACAUCCUUCAUGUGUGAUUAGAAGUGUUAUGAUUGAAGACACACCUGAGGAGGAUAGAGAGGGAAACUCAUGGCUGCACAGACUUGGAAUGAAUAUAAACAAGUGGUCAUUUCUGAAUUCCCUGAUUGGAUGGAGUGAAAACAGAGCUCUAGAAAAAGUAGAACAACUGAACACAUCUGGAGUUUGUUCUGAUGUUGAUCACAAAGCAACUGAGCUGGAGGACCAUACAACCCAAGAAGUACCAUAUAUUCCUUACAAGUUAGCUGCAUUAUCUAUCAUCAAGAUUGUAAAAGACAUGCACCAAAUGAAAAAAAAACACGUGAAGAUAAUCAGACAACUAGACAAUAUAAGGAAAGAAAAACAGGAGCAGACUAUAAGUACUAUAAAUAAACAUUAUGGUGAGAAAAUGAGCAGUCUGAGAUCCCAGUUAGAAGCUUACCAAGAGCUGAUGAGCAAGAGCAAUACACACCAGCAAGAUAUAAUUACGAGCCUGAGGGAAAGAAACAGACAACUGAUCCAAGAGAAGGAAGACCUUCUUCACCAAAUAAAGCAACAGACAGAGAAAUGGGAAGAAGAAAAGGGCUGGAUUCUAGAAAAACUGUGUAAAAAACUAGAUUAUCUUUAUACCCAGCACAUACUGACUUUGCAGGAACUUCACAACAUCAGUCUGUAUGUGGAAAGAGUGCAUGACCUCAUGCAUUUCCAGAUAAAAAUUCUUCAGCAAAAUUCUGAGAAGAAAGAAGGAGAAAAAUCAGAUGCGUCAGAGGUUGUAGAAUUAAAAACAGAACAACUAGCCAAUGAAGAAAAAGCUGAAUGUUCAAUCGAAAAGGGAAAUCUUUGGCAAGCACACAACAUGCUGCAAAAGAUACAGGAAUCUUUACAGAAACGAGAGAGAGAAGUCACUGAGCUCUUACAAAGUGAAAGAAGUUGUAACAAGGCAAUGAAACCUCAAAUCACAGUGCUGAUGUUCUUGAAAACUCUUGUCAAGAAGGUUCACACCAUAUGUUGUGAUGUCCCUGGGGCACAACAGUACAUCAGUCAGCUUAUCAGGAAGAAUGAGGAUGAAAGGGCUGAUUGGAAAGAAGCCUUUAAUAAUGCUCAGGCUGACAUUCUGUCCUAUGAAGUAUUUAAUGGAAAUGAACCUAUGGAUGACAAAAGGGUACAGCUCUCAAUGACACUUUUCAGAAAUCUUGGGAAAACAAAGUCUGAUUUAGAGUAUGUUGAAACAGAGAAAAUUGUGUUUGAUUGUAUCCAGACAGGGGAAAUCCCUAACUGGAUUAAAAGAGAUUGUCUUCAUGUAGCCUUGACAGAAAACCCUGCAACAUACUCUGAGGAGACAGAGCCACCAUCCAGAGGAACUCACACAGAAGUUUAAAAUGGAAAUCAAGGUACUAUAUUAUGUAUUGUGUAUCAUACCACAUGGUUUUAAAUGUGUUAAAAAGCACCCUCCUUUUCCUAUCUAUUCUUAAGGGAUUUGAGAUUAGUCUGGAUUAUGUCCUGUAGUGUCUGUCUGCAGACCUUUUUCCAAAGAACAAAUCUCAAUGUGAAUUACAUACAAAUUCCUGCAGGUAUAUACCUGUAACCCUUAAGCACAUUUACAUUAAAGAAUAACAUAGUUUUGCUAACUGGUGAAUUAUAUGGUCACACUUUCUGUGUAUGCAAGGAUAACCAUAUUCUAUUUUUGCAUCUGUAUAUCCAUUUUCCUGUUUACAAACAAAUCUUUUUAUGCAUCUUAAUGGCCCUUGAUGUCUAUCACAAGUAAAGGUACACUGGAAUCAUAGAGUAACUUAGGUUGGAGAAAAAAUUUAAGGUAAUAAAGUCCAACCAUUAACCUCACACUGCCAUGUUCACCGCUAAACCAUGUCCCUAAGCGCCACAUCUACACACCUUUUAAAUACCUCCAGGGAUGGUCCCUCAGCCGCUUUCUUGGCACAACUUGAAGCUGUUUCCUCUUGUCCUAUUGUUUCUUUCUUGGAAGAUGAGCCCGACACUCACCUGGCUACCACCUCCUUUCAGGUACUUGUAGAAAGCAAUAAAGUAUCCACUCAGCCUCCUUUUCUCCAGGCUAAACAACCCCAGUUCUCUCAGUCACUCCUCAUAAGACUUGUUCCCUAGACCCUUGCCUAGACCAGCUUAACUGCUUUUCUUUGGACUCCAGCACUUCAUUGUGUUCAUAUAUCUAAUGAUUUGGGAUACACAGAUUUCCUGUUUAGUACUAGGAUACAAAUGAAGUAUUGUCUCAUCUGCAUGACAACAUCAGAGUAAACAACUGCUUUAAUCAAAUUUUCUCUGCUGAAAGUGACCCAGACAUACACUUUAGUGAUGCAACAAAAAACAGAGUGUAAUAAUGCAUUUAUCAUAUUGCUGUUGUUGGAUCUCCAAGUGAAUAGCCCCAAAAUUGCCUGAAAUCAUUAUUUCCCCUACACAGACUUUAACACAAUAACCAUUAUGCCAAGUCAAUGUACAAAAAUUUUCUCAGUGGUAAGUAAUGAAAACAGACCAUAAAAUAUUUAUCUUGGUAAUUAUUAAUUAUACCAUUGGUUGCAUUUUUUUGUUUGGGUUGUGUUGUGUUUGGUUUUUUAAGUUUACCAAAGAACAAAGGAACAGUAAGAGAGAUGCUAACACUGAAAUAAAGUCUCCAUUUUAGAGAGGGAUAUUGGAAAGAAAUCUUGAUGCAGAAAAGCACUUUCUGUAGUAUCUCUGCGGUGGAAAAUGAAUUGGAAGAAAUAAAAGCUCAUGGUUUAGUAAAUAUCAGAAAACUUAGGCAGCCAUUUAAGUGUUUUGAAAACUUUACUCCUUUAAAAAUAUUUUAAAGAUAUCUUAAAAAAAAUAAAGAACCACACCAAAACAACAAAAAAAUCCAAACAAAAAAAAACACGCAAAACCAAAACCAAAACACCAAAUGAACUCCCGUCAUUAUGAUAACAUGAAAGACUCUGCAACUAAACAGAGAAGUCUUUGAGUCAAUCAGGUAUAAAUUUGCUUGCACAUGGGUGGGACGCAUCUCACUAAGUUUUUACUGUCUAAAAUGGGGCAUUUAACAUGUCUUUACAAGCAGUAUACACAGAGAGUUGGCUCCAAAGCGUAAUUUUCUUCUGUGAAGCACAAGCCUCUAAAAUUAACUUUACUCUGUCCCAUUUCAGUGUACUGUUCAGUGGUUAUUUUAAAGUGCUGGCUUUGUACCAUAGUAAGUAAGUGUUUUAACUCUUCACCCUUUUUUCUUAAAUUUCAUUUUUUAUUGAAAAACAAUCAUAGAUAUGAAGAAAACUUAAAAAUAUAAAAUCUGAAGUCAUAGUUCUAAUCAAUCAAGGAACAACUGAAAGUGAAGAUGGCAGUGGUUAUUGUCGAAGACAACCACUUGUCUCUAACAAAUGGUUGUUGAAGGCGAUGAUAUCAAGUUCCUGGAAGAAAAUGCACACUGCAGGUUUAGAUACCACAUGUGCACUCUUGGUUCUCAAGAUAGGUACUUGGGGUUAUGAGUGGUUCAUUUGCAGCAGUCAACUGAGUCAAGUCCCUAAUGUUACUGCCUAUAUGCUAAGUUGAAAACAAGUUUUAUUCCAGCACUUACGUGGCAUUCAGAAGAUAACAUCCACAAACUUUUUCUUUUUUUCUUUUUUUUUUUUUAAACUGCAUGUCUUUUCAUUAUGUGAUGCUUCUAAGUUUGAAUUACCUAUCUGAAAGAACACUUUCUACAGAUGAAGCAUACCAAUGAUGGUGCUUUUAUGCAAACAGAUUGAUAAGUGUGUUCUAAAUAUGUACUACUGGGAACACAAUGUCUGUUCCUGAGAACCAUUAAUGUAUUUAUGGCAUGUUUCAAUUAAGCUGUUAGUACACUUUUCUGCAGUAAGACCAUUGGAAGGGAAUUCAAAAGAAAAGAAACAAGGACAUAGAUGUCACUAAAAUAUAGAUGCAUUGUGGGGGACAAUGCUCAAGAGAAAAACCACUAGAGCAGGUAAAGAAGAGGGUGACUGUGUACGUUUAGUAUGAACAUACCACUCCAGGAUGCAGCACCAUUUACAAUAAGUCCAAGAAUUAGACAGGACUGGACCAGUGUCAGACCACAACAGGGAGACAAAAAACCCAAAAUAUCUGUUAAAACUAUAUACAAGCUAUAUGCAGGAUGCACACAUAGACAACCAAUUGAUUUUCUACUGCAGUAAGAACUUUGAUGUAUUUAGUGAUGAGAUGGUAAGGGCAGUUUUAAAUCGGCUUUAAAGAAUGUAAUUCAUGUGAUGAACUGGAGCUGUUAUGAGUCAAAGUAGUUUUUUGAACUGUGUUGCAGAUUCAAUCUGUAAAGCUGUAAAGCAAUUGUAUUUUUUAUGUCUAGUAGUGUAAAAUAAAAUAAACUGUCCAAAAAGAAAUAACUUUUUAAAUUAACUUUAUUGGUUAGCUUUGUUAACUAUUUAAAUAACCCUUAUGUGAAGAGAUUAUAUUUGUGAUGAAGGUUUGACACAAUUCUUAUUAUUCUUUUCCUAACCUUUUUAAAUGUCUGACUCCUUCCUUUACUUAAUCUCAUGUCUAUGCAAGUUUACUGAAGCAGUUUCAUGGCUUCAUACGCAAUUGGUCAACUUGCUAGCUUUUAUAUCUGUUUUCAAUUCUGCAAGAGAGAAAAAGAUUAAUUUAUUUGCUAGGCAAUUGAUUUUUACUUACUGUUAAUGUCAACAUUAAGGCUGGGAAUUUAAUUUAAUUAGAAUUAUUCACCAAACAGCAUUUAAAAUAGCAGCUGAUACAUACUUUAAUUAAAUUAACCAAUAUAUUAAAAGUGACAAAAAUAAGAGUAAGAACAAAAUGUCAUUUCAUUUUCAUUUUAUUUUUGUAAGAAUAGUUCAAGUAAAGGAUGUGCUGAGAUUAGGGAAUUGACAAUUUGUUUCUCAUCUCCUUGGGCCAGAUAUUUAAUUGUAUUUCUGAAGCUAAAAAUGCAAAAACAUGUCUCUCACUAAGACAGUCAAGAUAUCUAGAUCCUAUUAAAAGAACUGAAAAAUGAAAAUUGUACUAGGUAAAGUAGGUUUUAGUUACUAAUGUCUUAGAGAACAGGUGAGUAAUUGGAUUGUUUUCCAUCAAUUCUCAUACUUUUCUGCUUUUUAAACUGAAAGAAUACCAGCUUUCACCUUAUCAGCUCCCAAACUGCUUCCUGGUUUGGAAGGGAUUAAUGCAUUUUAGUGCAUUUAAAAAA